CUGAACGCACCUGACAGACUCAAAGACGAUAUAAGAUCGACUAACAGAAGACAUGAGGGCUUCUUUCAACAUGACAAAUUGGAUGAUACAUUGUGGAUUUUAAAUUGUAAUAAUUUUCGUGCUUUUUUGUUAAGUGGAUUUUAGGACUGCAAUUUUACAAAACAACGAAAAGAAGAAAAUAAUUCUUCUGUAAUAAAAAAAAGCAUUUUUAACCUGCCACUAUGGAUUCUAAUAAAAAGCAGUUGACGCUUCAGCUGAUGAUGGCUGUUGGGACUGCUGUGAUCGGCUCCUUGCAGUUUGGCUACAACACAGGAGUCAUCAAUGCCCCUCAGAAGACCAUCGAGGCUUUCUACAAUGAGACGUGGUAUAAGAGGUACUCAGAGUACAUACCGUCGACCACUCUAACUACACUCUGGUCCGUAUCAGUGGCCAUAUUUUCUGUCGGUGGCAUUUUCGGCUCCUUCUCAGUUGGGCUGUUUCUAAACCGCUUUGGCAGGAGGAACUCAAUGCUCAUUGUUAAUGUUCUGGCCUUCAUCGCUGCUGCUUUAAUGGGCUUUUCCAAGCUGGCUGAAUCCUGGGAGAUGCUUAUUAUCGGACGCUUCAUUGUAGGCCUUUACUCUGGCCUGUCCACAGGCUUUGUACCAAUGUAUGUAGGAGAAAUCGCCCCAACUUCAUUACGUGGGGCACUGGGCACACUUCAUCAGCUUGGCAUUGUCAUUGGCAUCCUCAUAGCACAGAUCUUUGGUAUUAAAGAAAUCAUGGGGACCCCUACAAUGUGGCCUUUCCUACUUGGCUUUACUUUCAUCCCAGCCAUAGUCCAGUGUGCCCUGCUGCCCUUCUGCCCCGAGAGCCCGCGCUACCUUCUCAUCAACCAGAACGAGGAGGCCAAAGCUAAGAGUGUGCUGAAGAAGCUCCGUGGCACUGAAGAUGUGGCUGCAGACAUGCAGGAGAUGAGGGACGAGAGCAGGCAGAUGAUGAGGGAGAAGAAGGUCACCAUGCCUGAGCUCUUCCGCUCAUCGCUCUACCGCCAGCCCAUCUUCAUUGCCAUCAUGCUGCAGCUCUCCCAGCAAUUCUCCGGUAUAAAUGCUGUUUUUUAUUACUCCACUGGUAUAUUUGAGAAAGCAGGAGUGUCUGAGCCGGUCUAUGCCACCAUUGGUGCUGGAGUUGUGAACACAGCAUUCACAGUUGUGUCGCUGUUCAUAGUGGAGCGAGCUGGUCGAAGAUCACUACAUCUUAUUGGGCUGAUGGGAAUGGCUGUCUCUUCUGUUCUCAUGACCAUAGCUAUGGCGUUACUAGAUCAAGUGAAAUGGAUGUCAUAUGUCAGCAUCGUCGCCAUCUUCAGUUUUGUGGCAUUUUUCGAGAUUGGACCAGGCCCAAUCCCAUGGUUCAUUGUGGCAGAACUCUUCAGUCAAGGUCCCCGGCCUUCUGCCAUCGCUGUUGCUGGUUUCUCCAACUGGUUUGCCAACUUCUUGGUGGGAAUGAGCUUCCAGUAUGUUGAGGAACUGACAGGGCCGUACGUUUUCAUCAUCUUCACUGUCCUCCUGCUGAUAUUCUUUGUCUUCACCUACUUCAAAGUUCCUGAGACCAAAGGGCGGACAUUUGAAGAGAUCUCUGCGGGCUUCCGCUCAGGGUCAGAGAAAUAUACCCGAGAUGAUCUGAACACAUUGGGGGCAGAUUCCCAGCUCUGAGCUCAGUGCCACGUUUAUACAGUAAUGCUGUAGACUAACCAAUUGAGUGUCCUCGGCUAUAGCACAGUGGGUAUGUUCACAAUGGCAAACUAUCAUAUUACUCCUACUAGGAAGGCUGCACUAGUGUUGUCACGAUACUGGAAUUUCUAACCUUGAUACGAUAUUCAAUACCAUUUUCGAUACCACAGGGAAAAACGGGAACAACAUUAAGGGCAUAACAUUUUUGAUUUCUAUUAAAUGAUAAAUAUGACAAGGCUAGAACUUGACAAUGAGGAAUAUUUUUACAAUAAUGAAAACUUCUUGAGGUGGUAAAACACUGAAAAAAAAUUAUAUAUUUUCUGCCUCGUUCGAAGCCAAAUCAGAUCACAAAAUUAUUUCAAACACUCGACUGAUGUUGUGAAGCAAGUUUAGAGUUGGUAUCGGUGUAUCAGUACUACGGAGAAAGAGUUUUGAAACCGUCUAUGAUCAAAACUGUUUCAGAUAUUUCAGUAUCGAUACAUAUAAAAAAAAUUGACCUUUUUGACAGCGCUAGUAUGCAGAUUUUCUGAUUGCAUUGAAUACUCUUAUGACUUACUACAUUUGCCAAACUGUGCAAUAAUUUGACCAGUACACUGCUUCUCAAUAAUUACUCAUUAUUUCACUGGACUGACAAAAGUGUGAAUAUUUGUACACAGAAUUGUAUUAAACAUUGCAAAAUUGCUAUAUUUAUUUCUGAAAUCGUAACCAGACACCUCUCUCUAAUGUAAAAUAUGCGACAUUGUGAUAACAGUGUACCAUACUACAGUUUAAACCUAUUUUUAGAUACAUUACUUAUUACAUACUGUGCUAUUAUUUUUUACAUACUAUAUUGUUACAAUAAUAUGUAGUAUACAGUAUGGUGUAGCAUGCAGUGUGCAGUAUUUUAGUAUUCCAUUCUGAACAUUCCCACUGUCUUCAGCAAACAAACAGUAGCACAGAAAGUUCUGCAUUUUUCCUCAAACAAACUGUUUUUUUUUAAUUGUUUGUUUCCACAUUCUGAAAUAGAGAAUAGUAUCUAAAAAUAAUAAUCACAAUUUCAGCAUGUUUAAAUGCAUAUGAAUAAGAUUAUUGUACAUUAGUGUACUAUUAGGUCAUUUGAAUGAUAACAAUUCGCACAAUUCAACUUAAAUAUAUUGUUUUUUAGACUAGAACUUUUAACAGUGUUUGCUAGUGUCCAGUCAACACAUCAUGAGUUCUCAUAUAAUAUGUCUCCUGAUGUUAUAUUAGGUAUAAUGAUGUCAGAAAUGAUUAUGGUGUCAGAUUAUGAUAUAUGUUUAUCAAUACUUGAACUGUAGCUUUACCAAGGAGUGGCAAGAUUAAUUAACAAAAAGAAUACAAACGCAAAUCAAUUAUUUACAAUUAUACAGCAGUCCUUCUGCUUUUCAUAAGUGUGAAUUAGGGUCUCCAAUACGAUGAGGUUUAAUAUCUUUCCAAAUUGGACCAAUCUUAUUUUGACCUCCAGCAAAUUAA